GGGAGCGGCCGAUGGGGAGGAGCGCGCGGCCCUUUAAGGAGCGGCCGGAGGGGGGCGGCGGCCAGAGCGUCGAGGGGGCAGGUGGCGGCUGGUCGUCAUGUCGCUGCAGGCUGAUUUUGAUAAGGCCGCAGCAGAGGUGAGGAAGCUGAAGUCAAGACCAGAGGACGAAGAACUGAAAGAACUCUACGGGCUCUACAAACAGGCUGUCGUGGGGGACGUGAACAUCGCGUGUCCAGCAGUGCUAGAUUUAAAAGGAAAGGCCAAGUGGGAAGCCUGGAACCUCAAAAAAGGGCUGUCAAAGGAAGAUGCCAUGCGUGCCUAUAUUUCUAAAGCAAAAGAGCUGAUGGAAAAGUAUGGAAUUCAGAAUUCAUCAGCGGAGGGUCUGCCUUCAAAGCCUUCAUAACGGUAUCACGAGCUAACACUGAGGGGGCAGGGGCCCUGCUGACUCCGGGUCGUGGACAUGUUCGCCGUCAGCAUGAAUUACUACACUUACGAGUGUGCUGAAAUCACAUAGUUGGCUAAAUUUUACUUUCUUC